AGAGAGAGAGAGGAAGAGAGGUUUAAGUGUGGUUUCAGAAUUUUAGAGAGAUAAAUUUUAGAGAGAGAAUGUGAGGUUUAACAGAUUUUUCUGGGUUUUACUUCACACAUACAGAGAGAGAGAGCCUCUCCAUUGCAAAUAGUUAUUCGGUGACAGAGAGAGAGUUCCUGAGCUGCAAAGAGCCAUUUUGAUGUCGCCCCAGUUUGGACAAGGUUAAAACCCAGCAUUUCAUAACUGGCUUCUGCAAUUCAGAGAGAGAGAGGAAUUACUGAAAGCCCAAAAAGACCAUUUGUUGGAGACCAACGUCUUUUGAGUUCCAGAGUCGUGGUCAUUUUCAGAGUUUCACUGCUGGCUUCUGCAGCUUCUCUCACUUCAAGUCCAUUUGGACUAAGCCAAGAAAUGUGGAGAAGUUCAGCAUGGCAUCUCUCAUCCCUUCGAAAUUCGAUGACGAAACCCAUCUUAUUCCCAUAUCGAGUCUCGAUGCCCAAGCAGAGCAGCACAAUUUUCUCCUCUUCUUCUUCUUCUCCUCCUUCUUCUUCACCUGAAUUUGAGCCCUCCUCCAUUAAUAGAGUCUUCCAAAUAAGCUUUUCUCAAUUGGGUACUCGUCAAUGUCCUCAAUUAUUUGAUAAAAUAGAAGAUCCUAUUCUCACUCUAGAUUCCACCAUUGAUGACACUGUGAACGUUCCAUGGAUUGCAAGCCAAAUAAGCGAGAUUUUACCCAUUCAAACGCCCCAAGCUUGGUCCUCUUUCUAUGCCUCUGAUUCCCACAUAAAGAACAUUACGGAUGAGGCUAUUGAUGGAGAGUUGAAGAAAAAGGGUUCAAGAGAAAUGAGUAAGACCAAGUUCAAUGGCCUAAGAAGAAGGCAGGUUAAAAUUGAGACAGAGGCUUGGGAACGAGCAGUGAGAGAGUAUCGAGAGCUUAUUUCAGAAAUGUGCGAGCAAAAAUUGGCACCUAACUUGCCAUAUAUGAAGUCCCUCUUUCUUGGAUGGUUUGAACCUCUGAGAGAUGCCAUUGCUGAAGAGCAAGCUUUACAGGAAACAAAGAGGGCUAAGACCGGUUAUGCUCCCUAUAUUGGACUACUAACCGCUGAUAAAAUGGCAGUUAUUGUGAUGCAUAAGUUGAUGGGUUUGAUGAUGACUGGUCAGGAUUGUGGAAGUGUUCGUGUUGUUCAGGCUGCUUGUCAAAUUGGAGAGGCCGUCGAGCAUGAGGCUAGAAUACAUGACUUUUUGGAAAAGACUAAGAAGAAAUCUCGAAGAGGGAAGAAGGUUGGGGAGGAAUCAGAGAGUUUAAGCAAAGAGCAGGAAAAUCUUAGGAAACGAGUCACAAAUUUAAUGAAAAUGCAAAAACUGCGUGAAGUGAGAAAGCUAGUCAGACAAGGGGAUGAUGUGAAGCCCUGGGGUCAGGAUGCUCAUGCUAAGUUGGGAAGUCGUCUUAUAGAGUUAUUCAUAAAAACAGCUUAUAUACAGCCUCCUGUUGAUCAACAAGCAGAGGGCCCUCCUGAAAUUAGGCCUGCAUUUAGGCAUACGUUCAGAACUUUCACAAAGGAUCGGCAGAAAUUUUGCAGGAGAUAUGGAGUCAUAGAAUGUGAUCCGCUCGUGCAUAAAGGGCUAGAUAAAACAGCUAGGCACAUGGUGACAGCUUAUACUCCAAUGCUGAUACGACCAAAACCUUGGAGAGGGUAUGACAAGGGAGGAUACUUGGUUUUGCCUUCUCAGAUAAUGCGGAUUCAUGGGGCCAAGCAACAACGCGAGGCGGUCAAGAAUGUUCCACAGAAGCAGUUGCAAAAUGUUUUUGAGGCACUGGAUACUCUGGGUAGCACCAAAUGGAGGGUGAAUAAAAGAAUUCUUGAUGUGGUAAAUAGAGUUUGGGCUCGCGGAGGUGGAAUUGCAGGUUUGGUAGACCGAGAAGAUGUUCUCCUUCCUGAGAAACCGGACACAGAGGAUGAAAUGGAAAUUCGGAAGUGGCGAUGGAGUGUCAAAAAGGCAAAAAAGGUCAACAGUGAGAGGCAUUCUCAGCGAUGUGAUUUGGAACUUAAACUUUCUGUUGCUAGAAAAAUGAGGGAAGAAGAAGGAUUCUAUUAUCCCCAUAAUCUUGAUUUCCGUGGCCGAGCUUAUCCUAUGCAUCCUCACCUUAACCAUCUUGGGUCAGACCUUUGCCGAGGGAUUUUAGAGUUCGCUGAGGGAAGACCGUUGGGAAAGAGUGGAUUGCGUUGGUCGAAGAUACAUCUCGCAAAUCUUUAUGCAUGUGGUGUAGAUAAACUCUCAUAUGAUGGUCGAUUAGCAUUUGUCGAGAACCACUUAGAUGAUAUAUUUGAUUCGGCAGAGAGACCUCUUGAAGGAAAACGGUGGUGGUUAAAUGCAGAAGAUCCCUUCCAAUGCUUAGCCGCAUGUAUGAAUCUUUUUGAAGCAUUGAAAAGUCCCACUCCUGAGAAUGUUAUCUCUCACAUGCCAGUCCAUCAGGAUGGUUCAUGUAAUGGUUUGCAGCACUAUGCAGCUCUCGGAAGAGAUCGAUUGGGGGCAGCUGCCGUCAACUUAGUUGCUGGUGAGAAACCAGCGGAUGUUUAUUCUGGUAUAGCUGCCAGGGUACUGGAGAUUAUGAAAAGGGACUCAGAGAAAGGUCCUGCUUCCAAUCCGAACGCCUUUCUUGCUAGAGCCUUGGUUGACCAGGUGGACCGGAAAUUGGUAAAGCAAACAGUGAUGACAUCAGUGUACGGCGUCACUUACAUAGGUGCACGUGACCAAAUUUGUAGGAGGCUAAAAGAGCGGGGCCACAUAACAGAUGACUCACAGUUAUUCAGAGCGUCCUGCUAUGCUGCCAAAGUAACAUUGACUGCUCUAGGGGAGACGUUUCAAGCAGCACGAAAUAUUAUGAGCUGGCUGGGUGACUGUGCAAAGGUGAUUGCUUCAGAAAAUGAACCAGUGAGAUGGACCACUCCUCUUGGGCUUCCAGUUGUGCAGCCUUAUCGGAAAUUUGCAAGGCAUCUAGUUAAAACAUCCCUUCAGGUGUUGGCAUUACAACGAGAGAGUAACUCGGUUAUGGUGAAACGGCAAAGAACAGCUUUUGCACCAAAUUUUGUUCAUUCCCUUGAUGGCUCUCACAUGAUGAUGACCGCCAUUGCAUGCAAAAAGAUUGGCUUGAAUUUUGCAGGGGUGCAUGACUCAUAUUGGACACAUGCAUGUGAUGUCGAUGAGAUGAACUGGAUUCUUCGGGAGAAGUUUGUUGAACUCUACAGCAUGCCAAUACUUGAGAAUUUGCUCGAGGGCUUUCAAACAUCAUUUCCCACAUUGGUGUUUCCAGCUGUCCCUGAAAGGGGAGAUUUUGAUCUCCGAGAUGUCCUUGAAUCCCCAUAUUUUUUCAACUGAUAAAAUUAAUUCAUGGCUGUUUUUUCUCUUAGUGUUUAACAAGGCAAAAAGCUUUCUUUGCCAUCGUAAUCUGGCAACUCGAUGCGCUUGAUACAACAUAAUUUGAGCAGUUGGCUUGGAGAUCCUCGCCUUGUACAGAGUUUUCAGGCAUGGAUAACUACUGCUGGAACUGGGAUUUUCAUGAAAUCUCAUCCUGCAAAGGUGGUGAGAUCGAAUCUAUUUGUCACUGAGAGAAAGGGAGAAAAAUCUCAUUUGAACCAUUGCAGAUCGACAGAGAAUCCCAUCUCAAGUGAUCAAGCUCGCAUAUCCAAGAACAGUAAGAAGAAGGUGCUUUCCCUCGUGGUUUUCACUGUUCACAAUGAAGGGAGAGAAGGAGCAAAGCUGUAAAGGUGGAGUGCUAUUGUGCAAUAGCAUCCAUAGGCAACAAAGAUGCUGGAAUUUUGGAAAAGCAAAAACCUGAAGGAAAUCUGAGGGAGAAAUCAUUACAAAUAUUGGCAUUAGUUGUAAUUUGGUAUAUGGAGCAUGUGUUAUUUCAUGUACGAUGAUUAUAUGUACUAGUGGAAAUGCCAGUGGCAAAUAUUAAUCGCGCUGAUGAAAUGUUCCGUGAAUGACUGGUGAGUAGCUGAUUGAAUUGGACAGUAAUUUCCAACAUUAUUGUAGAAAUUCUCAGUUUGAUGUGA